AGAGACAGCGGCUACAGGGGAGAGGAUCCGGGUAAAAAUCCUCAUCGUUAGCUCCUCAAAAUCCGUCUUCAUCCGUGGAGAAUUACAGCCGAAUCAUAUCAAAAACAGUGAGAGCAUAAAGUACACACUUUAACCUUUUUAACAAGCUCCGUAUUACCACUGUACGAGGUUAGCAGUAUUUUAAAACAAGUGGCGAAAGAUUGUGAGAGCUGACUUCAUCCGGAGACAACAAACGGAAGACAGUCCAUCGCUUGAAGAGAUCCUGUGUUGGAUGCUCUGCGUAUACUGCUUUUGAACAGACCUGGGGUUUAAACCUGAACAUUUUAUAUUUGAUAUUUUGGAGCUAGCGAGCGUGCUUGCUAGCCGACCACAGCUCGUUUAUCAUGGAGUUGAGAGUGGGAAACCGAUACAGACUGGGCAGGAAAAUUGGAAGUGGAUCAUUUGGAGAUAUCUACCUGGGUACUGACAUCUCUGUUGGAGAGGAGGUCGCCAUCAAAUUGGAAUGUGUGAAGACCAAACACCCGCAGCUCCACAUAGAGAGCAAAAUCUACAAGAUGAUGCAGGGUGGAGUGGGUAUUCCAACGAUAAAGUGGUGUGGCGCCGAGGGGGACUACAAUGUGAUGGUGAUGGAACUGCUGGGACCCAGUCUGGAGGAUCUGUUCAACUUCUGCUCUCGGAAGUUCAGCCUCAAGACGGUCCUGCUUCUGGCCGACCAGAUGAUCAGCCGUAUUGAAUACAUCCACUCCAAGAACUUCAUCCACAGAGAUGUGAAGCCAGACAACUUUCUGAUGGGGCUGGGUAAGAAAGGCAACCUGGUGUACAUCAUCGACUUCGGCCUGGCCAAGAAAUACCGCGAUGCCCGCACGCAUCAGCACAUCCCCUACCGCGAGAACAAGAACCUGACCGGCACCGCCCGCUACGCCUCCAUAAACACACAUCUGGGCAUCGAACAGUCCAGACGGGACGACUUGGAGUCACUGGGAUACGUCCUCAUGUACUUCAACCUGGGUUCUCUGCCCUGGCAAGGCCUGAAAGCAGCCACCAAAAGGCAGAAGUACGAACGCAUCAGUGAGAAGAAGAUGUCCACACCCAUUGAGGUCCUCUGCAAAGGCUACCCAUCCGAAUUUGCCACCUACUUGAACUUCUGCCGCUCUCUGCGGUUUGAUGACAAACCCGACUACUCGUAUCUCCGCCAGCUCUUCAGGAACCUCUUCCACAGACAGGGCUUCUCCUAUGACUACGUCUUCGACUGGAAUAUGCUCAAAUUUGGUGCCAACAGGGCCGUGGAGGACGCAGAGAGGGAGCGUCGGGAGCGGGAGGAGAGGCUGAGGCACAGUAGGAACCCCGGAGCCAGGGGCAUGGCCUCGGCCUCGGGAAGAGCCAGGGCAGCUCAGGACGUCGCAGCCCCCUCCCCAUUAAACCCUGCCUCACACACAGGUAUGGAGAAAGAGAGGAAAGUGAGCAUGCGUCUUCAUCGUGGAGCACCUGUCAACAUCUCCUCCUCAGACCUGACGGGGCGCCAGGACACAUCCCGCAUGUCCACCUCACAGGCUCUGUCCCGGGUCACACCCAGUGGCCUCCAGUCUGCAGCUCCACGGUGAAGGUCCUCCCAUCCACCCAUGCACCAUGGAGGCCUCAACAUGCAGCACACACAUACACACACACACAUACACCAGACUCUUGAAUGACGCUGAGGACGACCAACCAACGCGCAGGAGUCUGGCUGCGCUCUUGUUCACUUGACGGAGGAAGAGUCGCACAACCAGGAGUGUGUUUGUGUGUGUGAGAGAGAGAGAUGGGCGGGUGGAGUACAAUUUGGUUGCCUUAACCACCUUGGCAAAGUAGCAGCCACAGCCUUCCUCCUUCUUCUUCUUCUCCUCCUCCUCCUCCCAUGGAAGUUGUGGACACACUCCCUCUCCUCCUCCUCUCUGUUGAUGAAGCCAUGGAUUCACUUUUCUCUGGCAUCAUGGUUUUUUUUUUUUUUUUUUCUUUUUGUUUAACUUUGGUUUUACUUAUUUAAAUUCUUUAGCAUUAAACUUCCUCUUACACCAGCUCCACUGGUCAGACUUCACAAGGGUUUGAAAAUGGAGAAUGACAAGUCGUUAUUGAAAAUAGUGUGUGGGACUUUUUUUAAAUUCUCAAAUCAAGAAGACGCAUGAUCCAUCACGGCAGUGUUAAAGGACAGUGCCUAAGCUCUAUUUUCUGUCCUGAAAGACUCUUUAAAUACCACAAUUCAACAUUUUUUUCUUUUUUUAGGUGUUUGAGGUUUAAAUUUAAAGGCGGGAAAACCCCCCAAUGUUUUUAAAAUGGGACAGGAAGGUCCCAUUAAUGUUCUGUUUUCCAAACUGAUCCCAUAGUAUGAGUGUUUUUGUCCUCCUCAGGUGCAUCGGAACCAGGAUGUUGUAGUAAAUCUUAAAAACAUGCAGCACAUUUUCUUUGUGUCUUCAGGUUGUGACUGCAGCGUGCUGCUGGGGAAAGCUGUGAACGGAGCAGUGAAACAGUCGGGAAGUUGAUCUGUCCGCGCUUGAACGGAUGAGAUGUUGUUUUUUUUGUGCAUAGUGACGUGGUUUUCGUGUGUGUUUGUGUGGUUCUGUCUUAGGCUUAUACAGGCUCAAAGGGGGUAUGUGUGUUGUCUUUUCCAAUGUAACGAUACUUCGCUGCAAUUUACAGCUUUACAACUGUAGGACGGAGCAUAACAUUUGUUGUCGAUUUGCAUGAUUCUUUUGGAGAAACGCGUCUUAUUAAACACGACAAACUGCUCUUUAGGGAGUUUGGUCAGAAUGUCCUGAUUAAUUUCUUCUAGCCUUAUCCCGAGCUAAGUAACUUCAUAUUGAGUAUGUGCCAUCACACAAUGUUUUACCACAUGGUUGCACGGUGCACAACUGAACUACAACAACUCUAGAAAACAUAGUUGAUAGGUGACAUGUCAAAAUUAAAGGCGCACUCCUCCUGCAUUACUACUCAGCCUGUGGAAGCAGAUGUAUGAUGUCUACUGGUGCUCCGGAGGAGCUUUAGCAUUAAACUGUAUGGAGUUGCAUCACGGUCUAUGUAGGAUUCAGUGUUUUUGGAGCUUGAUCGUAUUAGGAGGAUUGGUAUCUUAGUCUCGGUUGCCUCAUUCUUCAUUGAAUCUGUUGUUGGAAGCCCCACAGCGUUAUGAAUGGACGACAGUUAAAUUGCUGGAGUGUUUGAAAGAUGCACUCCCAGAAUUUGGCACCUUGCCCCAAGUUGAGCUUCAAAGCGUCAGCAGCAAAUUUAGGAGCUCUCUUGAUAUAUAUAUAUAUAUAUAUAACAAAUAAAACAAUAACAAAAACUAUCCUGUACCCCAGCCUUGUUUUAACUCUUUUUUUAACAGUAUAAACACUGAAGAUGUCAUGAAUAGCUGUAACUGUUACCAUCUUUUUAAAAACACAAAAAAAGGAGUUGGAGCCAGUACCAGUGCUGUCAUGUUUCAGUUUUUAAAUCCACUCCACAGAUAUUUUAUCGUGAAUUUUAACAGCUGGAAUAGAUGGAGCACAGUAAGGUGAUAGAUACAAGGGACUGAAAAAAUCUUUAGGCUUAAUGCAACAAAUAUAUAAAUCACACCUGACCAAGUAAACGUUGGAAGAGAUCUGAGAACCCCGGUAGAAAAUGGGUGGGUGUGCUUUAACAUCAGGUUGAAUGGGGUUAAGGUGAAGUGAGGAGGUUUUGGAGAGGUCACGUCUGAGUCCCAACAGGUACCAGAACUAACCGACGUGACCAAUGAAUCCUGCAGAUUUUGAAGUAGCUGGUAGACUGGUUCCAAAGUGUUGUAGGCCAUUUUGUGUAGUCGAAGGGGAAACGGGGGUUGUAGUGCUAAUUUGUACAUGUUUGUUCCGUCGUUGUGUGUAGGAUGUGCCUACUCUGUCCACCACUCUGUCCACAUGAGAAACGGUCAGGUUUGGGAUGGUGACAGUGUAUAGAGGGACUGGGGAUGCUUCACUCCAUUAGAGUUUCUGCUGAGGCAGCUUUUUUUAAAAUAAACUUCACCUGUGGGCUUGAAAAACAAACCAAAAAAAUAGAUGAACAUAUUUGUCUCACUGAUGAUGGCUAUGAUAACUGCAAGUACACUUUACAUGGGAUAAUAGUUUACUUUUUUCAGUCUGUUUGACUCGGUUAUUUCUUAUGUUCGUCACCACCUGUGCAAUUUGCUUUUAACUGUGCAGUGGAGAUGGUUGCUCAUGUCCCACAAUGCAUCUCUUCACUGUGGAUUCAUGGGAAAUCUUUGUGUUUCCACUCCCACCUUAUGACUUUUGCUCCUCACUUGUAAUACCACUGUAUUUGUGUAUUUUAAAAUUGUGUAAAUAAAUUAAUAAGUACUUG